GUACGAUUUUCCCCCCACCCAUUUUAUUAUUUUAUCACAGGUAUCAAGCUACUCGUCAUUUUGUACUGAUGUUAACUAGAAUUAAGCAUUAAAUAGAAGUUAAAACUCCAUUAAAGUUCAAGAUGUCUGUACAGAAAUAUAAAAAGACUGGAGAUAGUCGAACAAUUUUGGAAAAAAUCCGUACUAGUCUUUCUACAGGAAAUACAACAAAACUUUUUGAAGAUGACUAUUUUAUUUUUGAAUUGAUAAAGCUCAUCUAUGAUGAUGCGUUGGACACUCAUGUAAAAAUUGAAAUUUUAACAGUUAUUGAACAAUAUGGCAGUGGCGUUCUUCCAACAAAUAGUGUUGAUCAAGCAAUAAGUGCUCUGUUGGAUAUAUUUAAAGAUACAGAAGCUAACACAGCCACUGUUCCGGUCUCUACUCAACUACUCAUUACCAUCACAACCAUAUUUAUUGUUAAUGUGGAAUUGCUGGAAACAGAUUUGUGUAUGAGGUUUGUGAAUCAGCUGACAGAAAUUGUGACCAAAACCAACAAUGUCAGCACCAGAAGACUGAGAGCUAGUUGCUGUCAGUGCCUCGUUCAACUUGUCACCUGGAAGCCUGGGUUACUAUGGCGAUGGAAGGACGUAUUAGCUAACCUUGCAAAAGAAGAGAAAACUGAUGUGUGUCAGGACUACAUGCACUUAUAUAGUUCCAUCAUUACUCAUCCAGAUAAUACUGAAUUAGAGCAAGCCAGUAGUGAAUUACAUUCCAAGAAAAUGGUGUCAGGGAAAAGCUCAGAGAGACAGGAACUUCUGCCCAUGGUUUCCCACAUCAUGGAGAACAUGUUCCUUCUAACUCCGGCUGGCCUCGCCUCCAUAGCCUCAGCUGUUGCCAAAGUAGUGAGAAACUCUCAGGAGAUCUCCCCAUCUAUAUUCAAGCCUUUAAUGCUGCAGUAUUUGUCAGUUGUGGAUCCUACCAUUGUCUUUUUAAUGCUUCAUUUCCAGAAAAAAUUUAAGGGAGAAAUCCUGUCAGCUAGUGAAGAAAAACAACUGUUGAAAAAAGCUCUUGAUUGUGUGAAUCAACCCAAUCUAGGGUCCUACACCCGGCUGUUGAUAUGUCAGUGUAUUUCAUCAUACCUGCAGGAUGACCAGAAGAAAAGUGGUCUCAACAGUUUAGCCAAAGACAUGCGGCCAGUUGUGUUUGACCCACUGGACCUACACUUCUGUAAACUGACUCUACUGGGGUCAGGUCUUGGUGCAGACAGUCAGGGCAGAGAUCUCUCUGCUGACCUACAUUACCUCAAGCAGUUAGCUGAGACUACGGGUGGGGCUAGAGUCACCAGCCUCCUGUUUCACCUUCUGUUUCUCCAUGUUAAAAUCAACACUCAAGACGUACACACCAAUGUCCUGAGGAUAACCAAAAAACUGUUCAAAAGUUUCCCUCACUUGAUUCCUGUGAUAGUAGAUUUCUUACGUGCUGUUAAGGCUAAUCAACCACAUUCUGCUCUACACAAGGAAAUCCUGUCCCUGUUACAUGACACAGUUCUGACACUGGACAUGAACACCUUGCUGGAUAACUACAACAACUAUCUGCAGGUGUUUUUUCUCUCAGCACAAGAUGCCUCCAUGCUACAGCAGAAGCCAAUAAGAAGAUUGCUAGAGUUGGUCAGUGAGGCUAAAGUGAAUGCCUUAGAUGACUGGGCCUUGGGCUGUCUUGUGCUGAGUAUUUGCCGGACAAUGAUUCUACACCAUCAUACAGACAUCUUGUAUCCACAGAUGGGAGACUUGUUGUGUUUUAUGAUGAACACGUACAGUGACUGUGAUAUCAGGGACCAUGCCAGGUUCUACUAUGCUCUACUUACACUGAACAGUGAUGUCAAGGCUAAAGAAAUCAUUGGAGCAACCCUUAUUGAAGGUAUUCAUCUUGGUGAAAAUAUUGCUGAUUUUUUCCCUGGCUCUGUCAUCCAAGCUGCCCCAGCUGUGAUCUCAUUUCUAGAGCAGUCACCUGUUGAAUGGGACAGGGAAGAGUUAUCAGCAGAGUUUGAGAUGACCAGCAGUACAGUGAGCACUUUUAACCCCCCACCUGUUACAGAAGGACUGGAAGAUUACUGGAAACAAUUAUCAUGCCUAAAAACAUCAUUCAUUUGUCAGUUAAAAGUCAACUUGAACAAAGACAGUGAUUAUGACCAUCUGUUGGCAGUCUCCUUUGUUUUGGCUGAAAACACAAAUUUAGUUCUUGGUGGUGAUGUCUGUGUUCCCUAUCUUGACAAAGCAGCUCCAAAGUCUGUCCUGUGCAAGAUGUCCCCUAAAGCACCAUUGCCAAUGUCUCUUCAUGCCAGGGCAGUGUUUGGGUACCAGAGGUCUACUUAUGAAUGUGACUUGACGCCUUUAAAAUUUGAGCUCAAAGAUUUUUUACUGCCAUUCCCUUGGCAUGUCUUUAAUAUCACAGACAAGCAGAAGUUUUUCAGUUUACAUUGGAAUAAUUACUGUCAGAAGUCAAAAGAUAAAUACAUGGGUGUGGAAUCUGUGAAGAUACUCAAAUGUUCUCGGCACAGUUUGAUGCAAGUUUGGAAAAAUGGAUUUAUAUCCAGUAGUUCUAGCUGUGCUGGUGUCAGCAAUGACGAGGAGGACUAUGGCCCCGUUGACCACUACAUGUUUUUUUUACCCCCACACCAUCACCUGCUGCUGAGUGUCAGACCGCGGCCCACAGACGUAGUGGUUCACAUAGCAUCAGACCUGUGGCAGCUGCUCAUCUACCUGGAUGCUUAUUUAGACCAUUUGAUGACUCCACCUGCUUUAUACAGGUGAUAAUGUGGCAUUUGAUAAAUCCACCUGCUUUAAUAUGCAGGUGAUAAUGUGGCAUUUGAUAAAUCCACCUGCUUUAAUAUGCAGGUGAUAAUAUGGACCAUUUAAUGAUUCCACCUGCUUUAUACAGGUGAUAAUAUGGACCAUUUGAUAAAUCCACCUGCUUUACAAUGCAGGUGAUAAUGUUUGGAUAACAGUUGAAUCAUGUGAUACAAGCAAAAACAGGUGGUAUAGUGUAGUCAUGAUUUGGGUAAGACAGAAUAAAGAUAAAAAUUUUCAGCAUUAGCAACCCUGAUUCUGUCCUGUUCAUGUUGUUUUUAAUGUUAGAUUUUUAAUGUAAAUGACAUUUACAAUUUUCUCCUUGUGAAGAAAAAUAAUUGUGUUGCUCAUUACAUUUGCCUUAAUGAUUAUGUAUACUUAACAUAUAAAUUAUUUUAUCAUGUAUGCAAUAAAGAUUGAUUAAUUCACUAUUUUUAUAUUUCUUUAUUUUCAUGUAAAGACUUGUG